ACUUAAUGAGGAUCCUAACGUGCAGGGCCUGGCCCUUGACCUCCCAGAAAGCUUAUAUAGCAGUAAGGUAUUAAAUGCUGUGAAACCAGAGAAGGAUGUGGAUGGAUUAUCCAGUGUAAACCUAGGACACUUAGUAUGUGGUGAUGUCUAUGAUUGUCUAGUUCCUCCUACAGUGUGUGCGGUGAUGGAGCUUCUUGAAAAUCUAGGUGGAAAGACGGUGCUGCUGGUGGGAGCUGGUGGGGCAGUGGGUGCUGCCCUGCAGAGCAUGCUGCAGAGGGAGGGAGCAGUGAUCGUCAGCUGCCCGUGGAAAGCCCCACAGCUGCAGAAUGAGCUUCAUCACGCAGAUGUGGUGGUAUUUGGCAGUAUGAAACCCGAUGAUGUUCCUGUGAGCGGGAUAAAGCCUGGAACCACCAUUAUCAGUUGUUCUCAUGACACACUGUCAGAGAAGCGCAACUAUGGUCAACAAAACACCUCUACUGCAGAAAACGCUGUUGGUUCUCUUGCAAUAGCAAUGAGAAUGCAGAACAUGGUAAAAACCAUGGAGCGAUGGAUCCAGUCCCAUCAGUACAGGAAGUGGAACCUGCACUGCUUGAAACUGCAGCCCCUCUCCCCAGUGCCCAGUGAUAUUGAGAUUUCCCGAGCACAGAGUCCAAAAGCUGUUGAUGUACUUGCCAAGGAGAUAGGAUUGCUUACAGAUGAAAUUGAGAUCUAUGGCCAAACCAAAGCCAAAGUACGUUUGUCCCUGCUGGAAAGGUUAAAGGAUCAGCCAGAUGGAAAAUAUGUUCUAGUUGCUGGAAUAACCCCUACACCCCUAGGAGAGGGGAAAAGCACAGUCACAGUUGGUCUCGUUCAGGCACUUACUGCACACCUUAAAAUUAAUUCCUUUGCUUGUCUGAGACAACCUUCUCAAGGACCUACAUUUGGAGUUAAAGGUGGAGCAGCUGGUGGUGGAUACGCUCAAGUGAUCCCCAUGGAGGAGUCUUUGUAUAAUAGGCUGGUUCCAGUAGUUAAUGGCGUGAGAGGAUUUUCUGCUAUUCAGCUUGCCCGUCUGAGAAAGCUGGGAAUAAACAAGACUGAUCCUGAGACUUUAACAGAAGAGGAGAUCAGCAAAUUUGCACGCCUUGAUAUUGACCCAUCUACCAUAACAUGGCAAAGAGUGGUGGAUACAAAUGACAGAUUCCUGCGCAAAAUAACAAUUGGACAGGCAAGUACAGAGAAAGGAUUUGUCCGUCAGACUCAGUUUGAUAUUGCUGUUGCAAGUGAAAUUAUGGCCAUCCUGGCGCUUACCACCAGCCUUCAAGAUAUGAAAGAGAGACUGGGGAAAAUGGUGGUGGCUAAUGGCAAGAAAGGAGAACCGGUUACAACGGAGGAUUUGGGAGUAACAGGUGCUUUGGCAGUUUUGAUGAAAGAUGCAAUUAAGCCCACGCUAAUGCAGACGUUAGAGGGAACACCAGUAUUCGUUCACGCUGGACCUUUUGCUAACAUUGCACAUGGAAAUUCUUCUGUUUUGGCAGAUAAAAUUGCCCUUAAAUUAGUUGGAGAGAAAGGAUUUGUAGUAACUGAAGCUGGCUUUGGUGCUGACAUUGGGAUGGAGAAAUUCUUCAACAUCAAAUGCAGGGCGUCUGGCUUGUUUCCCAGUGUGGUUGUACUUGUUGCUACAGUGAGGGCUUUGAAGAUGCAUGGAGGUGGGCCAAAUGUAACUGCUGGUGCCCCCUUGAAGAAAGAAUACACAGAAGAGAACCUCCAGCUGGUAGCUGAUGGCUGCUGUAAUCUACAGAAACAGAUUCAAAUUACUCAGCUCUUUGGAGUUCCUGUUGUGGUUGCUCUAAAUGUCUUCAAAACUGACUCUCCUGCUGAGGUUGAUCUGGUGUGUAAGAUUGCAAAGCAGUCUGGAGCAUUUGAUGCUGUACCCUGCAAUCACUGGUCAGCUGGUGGUAGAGGAGCAGUAAAAUUAGCUCAAGCUGUGGAAAAGGCGGCCAAUCAGAAAAACAGUUUCAAAUAUCUCUACAGCUUGGAGCUUCCCAUUGUUGAAAAAAUAAGGAUCAUUGCUCAGAAGGUGUACGGAGCUCAGAAUAUAGAGUUGUCUCCUCUUGCGCAGUCACAAGUUGAUCGUUACACCCAGCAGGGAUUUGGAAAUCUUCCCAUUUGUAUGGCAAAAACUCAUCUAUCCCUCUCCCAUCAGCCUGAGAGGAAGGGUGUUCCCACCGGUUUCAUUUUGCCGAUUAGCGAUGUACGAGCCAGUGUUGGAGCAGGAUUCAUCUACCCUUUGGUAGGAACGAUGAGCACCAUGCCAGGACUUCCCACAAGGCCAUGUUUCUAUGACAUUGACCUUGACCCCAUCACAGAGCAAGUGGAAGGAUUGUUUUGAGAGUGAGGUCCAAAUUCAGAAGCCUGAAAAUUCAGAACUGCAACUUUCCUGUUUCCUUCAAGUAGGAGACAAAAAUGAAUCUGAAAUAUUCCUGUUAUGUGUCUCUGGAGGAAUGUCAAGAUAGACCAAAGAGCAAAAGUUUACUCUUUCUUCAAACUAGUUUUUAUGAUGAAAUAUAGCUUUAGGGUUAAAAAAAAAAAAAAAAAAAUCACAAAAAAAGACCAGCAAGCUGAAGUUUUACUCGCUGUCAUGCAGGAAACUCUCUACUGGGGUUUAUGCUUGUUUCUGGAUAAAAUGACAUUGAAAAUGAGCAGUUUUUCAACCUGGAGUUUUCCUCUUUUCUCAGAAGAGUUUACCGAAGUAUUUCCUUUAUCUUGGCUAUCUCAAAACUUGUGUAAACCUGAUUAUGCUGUGUGACCAAGCCUAUUUCUCUCUGAAAAGUACGCUUUUGCUCCUGGCAUUCAGGAGUUGAAGCUACACACAGAUUAACUGCACAUUUUUGAGUUAUCAUCAAAUGUUGCUCUGGAUGCAUUUGGGCAGCAGCCAAGCUUCGAGCAAGGAAGACAUUAAACAGAGAAAGAACAGAGAAUGUAUUUUGUAAAAGUUUUUUAAAAUAUAAUUUGUUUCCUUGUUGGGCAAAGAUCUUUUGAAACACUUAAGCCAUAGCUGUCUAGUAUCCAUAGGUCUGCCUUUAUCCAAAGCAUGUGUUACAGGUUGUCCAGCUGAUUAUGUGGUUGUUGUGGUGACGCUGAUUGUUCAGAGAGGGCACUACUGCUUCUGAAGCACUGUUUUGCUCCCGUUCAUGGCUAAUGAAGCCUCCUGCUGUGCUGGCUCCUGAGUAGAGUUUUUCCCUAGCAGUACACAACGCCCAGUAACAACAGAAGAACGUCCAUCAAGCAGGGAUGCGACAGGGCACAGCUUUGUUCUGCUUCAUUUUGCAGGUUUUAACCACCAUACUUGCAAAACUGGAGGGUAUUUUUACCUGAAGGGGGUAUUCAAACAAGCUGAAUUGUAAACCGUGUUCUUAAAUUUACCUCAGUAACUUACCUUUCCUGGUUUUUCCUAAACCUGCAGCAAAACAAGCCUUAGGCAUAGGAUACUGCAUUUAGCUUUCCAAGCAGCUACUCCUCAGGAAACUCUCACUCGCUGACUGUUGGUUCCUUCAAUAACAAAAAGGGCAGCAGAACAAUAGGGUGAAUCGAGACAAUAGGCCAUUGUUUUUUUAGGUAAAAAGCAGUGAAAUACUGAUGAGAGAGUUUAUUUUCCUGAUGACGUUUUCCAUCCUGUCGCUUCGCUCUGCUUACGCACAUCUGCAUGUUAUGGGCUUUUGCAGUGUAGUUUUGGUUACCUUCUACAGAGCCACAUUUGGAGACUUAAUUAUCUCAGGAACUCUGUAGUAAUUGAGGGGUUUGUUUUGGUUUUUAAAAUCAUGCUUCGUUAUUUAUAAACUCAAGACUAUAAUUACGGACAGUAGAGCAAACUGGGGGCAAUUAAUUAUCUGUGCCUUCCCUGGAGUAGCACGGAAAUGUCUGUUGACUGCAUUUUAGUGCUAUUCAUAGCAUGGAUCUCCAACACCAUGGGGAUUGCUGUGAAGAUAAAUUUAAAUGUAAAAACUAGAGCAAUUUGAUAUUUUAUCCUUAUUAGACAAUAGAGCUCAUAAUGGCCUAGACUGGAUGCUUUAAUUACACUGGGACUGCAUGACAAACAUGAUAAGUAGAAAGUAAGAUUCAGGUGUGGCUCUCACAGCUGCUGGGAAGAAAGAUUUCUGAUAUAGUCUAUUAAACUGUGCAACAAAAUACAACCAUGCUCUUUAUACACAUAGCACCAUUGUAAAUUAGUCUUGCACACACUGAGCUAUCUAGCCAAGAAAUAGCCAAAGAGUUUUGGAAGAAAAUAAGUGUGGUUUCUGGACAUAGUUUUCCUAGUAGCAUCCUUACAAGAAAAAGAAAUAAGGUUUUCCCUCCAUCUUGUCCAGAGAAAUUCAGAAAACCAUAAUCGUGCCUUACUAGGGGUCACUGUGGUUCUCCUGCCCAUUCAGUGUGGGAUACUAAAUGUGGCACUAGCUGACUGCCUUGUGAAGCUUCCAUAUGGAUGCAGAUGUCUAAGCAAAAAGUUUUAUAAGUCACCUCAAACUGCUGCUUGAUACCUUCUAUAGUGUCAUCUCCAUAUUAUCCCUUCAGGCCACGCACACUGAGAUUGUUUAUCUGACCCGUCAGUCUCUCCCUAAAACACCAUUCCAGCUCAUUUAGUUGAGAGUUGACAAACAUCCUGUACUUUUUCUAUCAUGUGCACAGGAUUUGUUAUUUUGUUUAGAUAGCUUCAGUAAUUCAAGAAAGGUGGAAUGGCCCUCUCUUCUUUUAUCAUAGCUUUUCUCCCUCCCCAUCUAGUUAACUAGCUGCAAAAAUCUCUCAAGCUGUUAUAUUUUUGGUCCUUUGUCAUGAUGCAAAGCACUGAGCUAUUGGCCACCAGCUAACCUGCAGAAACUGCCACAGUAUAUUUCCUGGGGCUCCCCUGAUGCUGAGGCCUUCAUCCAGAAGAGUUUAAAAUGAAAUCUUUUUAAUAUCAGUGUUAUUGUUAGGUUUAUCACUUGUUACAUGGAUGUGACUGUAGGUAUGGGACCCUACCUUUGCAUCUACAGUGAGCAGUGUUAUCACAUGGCAGAACCACGGCUUUAUAAGGCAGGUCGCCAUGCUUAUCCCUUCAUAUGCUAAAGUGUUUUAAGUACCAUGUGGUUGUUUAUUAUCAGAUCUGCUUUUUGUUGUGGCUCAAUACUUUGCUACUGCUGAACUACUUCUGUAAUGACAUUGAAAUACUUCAGACUACAUGCAACUGGUUUCAUUCAUUUGUAUUCUAAAACUCAAAAUCCCAGAAUUUCAGUUGCCAUAAACAUGAAAAUAAAGUCUGUGUGUGUACUAAUGUUUAGUUCGCACACGUGGUGUCUGUCUGAAGUCUGAAUUAAUUAAUAAAAUACAUCCAUUAUUUAA